AUCUCUAACAAUGAAGAACAGAAGGUAUCCCCAGAGGAAUUACAGUUGAUAAAGAAAUCAAACCCUGCGACAUUUCAAGAAGUGGAAAUAUUUAAAUCAUUUCUGUGUCAGGAGAGCACGGAUCAGUGUGAAGCUUGUCUGACCACAGCAUGGUGCGAUGUUGCUCUACACUCAUUAAGAGGUCACAAACAUUCACAAGUGGGAAGACUAGAGAACUCUGGGAUCAUGGAUUCAAGAGCAAACCCAGGUUCUCCAAGUGAUGGCGUAACAGCUGCUUCUUCUACUGAAUGUGAUGUAAGCAAUGCAACCUCCAUUCAUUGUCUUGUUCCAGUUGAAUAUUCUCCUUUGAGAGAGAAACAGCACCAUAGAUUGGCAACAGAAAGUCUUCAUCCAGAGUUUGCUGAAAGCAGAGCAAUAACUGAUGGUUAUAUGUGUUUCAAGGAUAUUGUUUUACUGCAACACAGGGACAAAAGUCCAGCCCUGUCAGCAGGAAGUCCCCAUGAUACUGCUCCUUUGGAGCCAAAUAAAGAUACAGUUGAAAGGGAGGUCGCAAAUAUUGGUGUAGAAGCCUCUGCGUCUUGUUUUGUCCUUAAAGCUGGUCCGGAGUUAAACGAAGGAGAUGGUGGAAUUAAUCAACCCAUCAGCAGCACGGAAGAGUAUUCUACACAUCCAGGUUCUAACAGUGAACUUCCAAAUCAGGAAAUAGUAUUAAAAGAGGUUAUAGGUAGACAUGUAAUUUGGCGUCACCCCGAUGGAACAGCUGAGUUCGAACAAUGUGAAUUUCAGGAUGAUCAACAAAUUGUUGACUUACAUCUGAGCACGCUUGGUCCUCAAUAUUUGAAGACUGAAAUUGAGGCAAUUGUUCAUGUAAAGCAGAAGUACCCGGCAAGUAAAACAGUUUCUUCAGGUGAAAAUAUUGCCAAUAUGGAUAUUGCAGUUGCCACAGAAUCUCUCGAUAUUUGUAAAGGACCAACAUGUUUACAGUAUCAGAACGCAGGUAUCUUAGCCACUGGCUUAAGUGUUAAUCCUUCUUCACAGACUUUCCAAGAUGCUCUGAAAACUGAUAACGUUGUUGUCUGCAGUUACGUACCAACCACAAGCAUCUUAGCAUCCCAGAGUAAAGUAUUUCAAAAUCAAACUGUAUUUCAAGGAAGCUCUGUACAAGAUGUGGGUGGAAGUCACCUGGCUGAAGCACCUCAAACAGUUCCAGAUUCAUUUGCUGAUCAGCCUGAUGUACAGGAUGUGAGCGGUUGUGUAUCAUCCGGAACAGACUUACUGAAACAAGAAGGAAAGCAGAGCCAAAUUGCAAUUGUUCGUACAGCAACAAUUCAAACCGCCUUGGUAGAAGAUGACACUAAAACCACCAUCGUACCUGGAUCGGCUGGAUUAAGCUCCUUUGAAAGUAAGUUGUGUGCUGAGGAGCUAAAGAUUACCGCAGUAACAAAGAACCAAGUGCCCAUUCAACAGGGGCUUGAACGAGUUGUCCACAUGCAAAGAAAUGGAUCCCCAGCAUCUAUACUGAAAAAGACAGAAACUAAAUGUCAUGAUGUUCAACUUUCAAACAGUGACUCAGUAAAUACAUUCAUUCCACAGAGCUUCAUUAAAUCUCCUGGUCACCAUAAACAGGCAGAAUUACAUAGCAGGAGAGAAGAGGAUUACUCUAUCUGUUUUAAUGAUAGAAACCCUGUUGGGUUAGAACUGACUGGGAAUUCUUCAAACUUGUUUGUCAUGCCGGAACAACAAACUGCUGUCCAGUUUGUUAAUCAUGGAGAAGAGUUUGUGACGUUUGAAUUCAUGGCUCUUCCUAAAGCUGUCAAGUGUGAUAUGAACUACAAUGAAAAUGACAUUUUUGACUCAGCAGAAGAUUUAAUCAAGAAGGAAGAAAGUGGCAUUGAAGAUUGUGAAGAAACACAAGCACUGCUGAAGGGAGACCUGACUGAUUUUAAGCAGAUAUCUUCUGAUGUAGAUUGCCAUAAUAACAAUCAAAGAAUCUUAAUUGACAUAAAGAAGGAAAUUAUGUCACAGUUCUCUCCCAAGAUACAAAAGGACAGAUGUAUGGGGUUGUCACCCUCAGCUCAGGAGAUCCUUGAGCAAGAAAAACCUCGACUGUUACAACAGACGCAGAAUCCUACAAUUCCACAAUGUGAAUUUAGAAAUGAAUCCAGUUUGCUGCGAAAGGAUCGGAACAAUACCAGAAUUACCCUUGAAGCCACUGAAACACACAAACAUAUGUCUUCUCAUAUUAGUGAUCUGCAAGUCACUCAGACAGAUAACAGUCAGUGGAAUAUUGAUGUGGUUGAACCAAAUGCACAUUCGCUCCUAGAGUGCAAACAGAUUGGGGAGUUAGAUUCUCCAUUUCGUGAGAGUGCAGUAAUGAAUGGAACUUGUUAUUUCUCAAAUUCCUAUCCGUUUUCAGGUUCUUGUCACAGUGAUUGGUCUUCAGUAAAUCAAGCUAAUGAGCAAAAUAUUGAAGGAAUUGAAUCUUCUGGUUCGGAGUUUUUAGAUGGAUCAGAUGACAGAUGUACCACAAAAAUGAUGAAUGGGCCAAAGAAGAAAUCACAAAGAAGACUUAAAAGAAUAAAACCAAAUACAGAUGAAAUUAGGGGUUCAUCAAGUUCAAGUGAGGAAAUUGACAUUGAAUUCCUUUCACUUAACAAGCUUAGAAGCAGACAGUGCAGAAGAGGUAUCAACAGAUCAGAUUUGAAUGUUUGCAAAUGCAAAGAUACAGUGAGCACCAGCAGUAUUGAUUUCGAAAGUUGUGCAUUAAACUUGGAAGUAGAGAGCAAGGCAUCACCACUGAGGUUAGUGCCAUCAGUUCUUCAAGAGGCUUCACCCAGUGUUAAUCUCAUGAUGGAAGGCUCUAGUGCGCACUGCCUUGACCCAUUACUGAUUGAUAAAUCUUCAGAAGGAUUAACUCAAUUUGAAGAAGGAAUUGUGUAUCAAAUGAAGCAUGAAACAGAGGAUGUGGAGAGAAAACAUCAAUCCAAACAAUGUUUUCGGCAUAACAUUCUUAAAGAGAGUGUUUCAGAAAGUGCAGAUUUGCAUGUGGCUACUUGCACUCAAACUGUCCAUUCCCCAAUCACUUUAUCUAGUAAUCAAGGCCAAGGAAAUCAGUCAGACAAACAACGAUGUGAAAACGGCACCUCACUGACAAUUGAUAACAAUCUGAGCAACUUGGUUGAGACAAAACUCAAAGCCCAGGAAUUUUCAGUAGAACUGACCUUCAGUGAAGAGAAAGAUCCAGUGCACUUUGCUUGCAGUGAUGUUGAUCCAUACAUCCAUGAACAGUGCAAAGCCAGGUGGAAACGGUGUAGACUGGGAAAUGCAGGUACUGUGCAUGAGGUUCGUACAGCAGUAAGCAGUCUCAGUAACGUAAUGAAGUGUUUCACUGACAGCAAUGGAUCGAAUGAUCACAAUCACAGCAAUUCACAUUCUUAUGCCAAUGUAAGAACUACAUCUAGCACAUUACUUCCAAAUGUCUCCCAAGAGGCUAGCUUGGCAGCCAUGUACCCUGGAAAUGAUAACCUUGGUGGAGAUACCUGUGUAAUGUCAUGUGAUCCAACAAUGGCACCUUCAUUCAUCCAACCAUCUCAGUUUCCAACUUCUACUUCUGAGUUGGAAAAUAUAAACUAUCAAGUUGAUGAGAUCAUGCUCCUUUACCCAAGGGAUUUGGGAUCUUCUGUAGAGAUGAUGUCUGACAAGUCUGUAAAAUUCUUCUGCAAUGAAGAAACACAGACAUCGGGUAGAAUGAGACAUCAGGAGCAACUGACACCCCAAAAGAGCUACAUCCAAACUCCAGCACAGAUAAAUGCAGGUCAGAGCCUCCAACCAGACAUGACCAAGCCUCUCCAUAGCAGCACACAGCUGUUGGGAAAUAUCAGUAACAAUGAAGACUAUUCAGAUUCAACGCCAUCACCUACCAACCAGAGCGCUGGCAAAAUGAGGACAUUCGGCAAGGUGAAUGGUCAUACGCAGUCAGCAGCUGAUGUGACCACUCAGACAGACGCAAUACCUCAGGUUAUAGAGAAAUACAGUCCGGAAAUUCAAAAUAAGGAAGUGCAAAGGCCCCAAGAAGUGAAUGUCAUUGUAAAAAUAAUUGGUUCAGAAGUUAAUGUAAACCAAGACCACAACAACAUUAUGUUAACAUUACAGGAACCAAAGCAGAACCACAGUGUGUCAGAUCUUAAUGUUCACAGAGCAGUUUUGAGCCAUUCGGGUUGUUCUUUCCCCUCUGACAAUGUAAAUUCAUCUUUUAGGACUUCUCCUGUUUUGCUACCUGCUCAGAAACUGAUAACAAGCUCUUCACAAACUUCUUCAUCCAGUCCAAGUUUGUCACCAGUUACAAUACCUUCACAGUUAUCAAUGAACAGUGACCAAACACAGAGCACAAACUUUGGAACUUUGAAAACUCUGAUGUGCUUUCCAAAGGUGGAAACAAAUGAUCCCAAACUCUCUGUGGACAGAGAAGUGAAACAGUUUGCCCAAGAUCUUGAAGCUACAGUUUCUUCUAAUAAAAAUCCAGCUGUUCUGGUGGACCGAGCAUCAUCCCCUAUUAAAACACUGGAAGUUGGGCAGGGGGACCACCGAUCCCACUGCAACUCCUUUCUCUGUCUUCAGGGUGAGGAAAUUUGUGCAGUGCAACAAACUGACUGUUGGCAGAGAAAGGCACAACUAGCUUCUUGGUAUGGUUCUAAUGAAAAUGGGCAAAGAAAGAUUUAUUUCACACAUGUCAAACCUGAAGCUGAACAGAUAUUGGAAACAAAUGGUGAAGGACUUUUGGUUUAUUUAAAUGAGCAGAGUAAAGUUACAUCACAAGGUUUGCCAAUGUCAGUUAAACUAGAGUGUAAAACAGAUCUUCAGAGAGAUAUUCAUACUGAAGGGUCUUCUGUGAGCUCAGGAACAACAGAAUCUUGCAAAGACCAUCAUGUGAAGGUAUCAACUGUGAACAAGUCCAGUUGGCAGUGUGGAAAAGAACUGACAGGCCAUAUUGUUAAAGAGUCAUUACCUUGUAACAAGGGAAUUGAACCAUACUUGACAUUUCAGAAGGUGCGGAGGCUCUGUACUUCAAACCCAGAUGGAAAAGAGCAGAUGAAUGUUUUCAGUUUUCAGCCAUCUUGCUGGAAAAACCCACUGGUUUCCUUUCCUCUUGCUCAGAUAAAUGAUACAGAGUGGCCAUCUAGAAGGGAAUUUCCUGCAUCUUGCAGUGCAUCUCCCUUUCAGCACAAUCCUUUUUUCAAAGAUGGGGUAGACUUAAAGACAGGAAAGUUCAGCGCGUUAAACAAUCAAACAAUACACCGAAGUGACUCGAUGAAUCAAUGGAGUUCUGAGGCUGGGACAUACAUAAUGAGUGAAAUGACAAACAACUGUGUUGCUGAAGAUACCCAGUCCUCUGUUUCAAGUGAAUGCAAUACAGAUUUACUGCUGAAUGAGUAUUCCUCCAUAACUGGUUGCAACAGUUCACAAACGUCAUGUUCUAGAGUACAGAGGGCAAGCUGUAGUGGUCCAGAGGACUUGCCAUUGCACAACAAGUUCUACAACUGGUCUGGGGUCAAUUACAGACCUCCCUCAACAGGAAAUGUAAUGAGCACAGCCACCAGUUCAGACAAACAGUCAGAGCAAAAGCAAGCCAAUAUUGGCAUUGCAGAAACAAUGGGCCCCACACCAGAAGACUGCAAGGAAAGGUGGAAGGAAAUUAAAAGCUUGCACCAAGAACGCACUCAAAUCUUGUCAGGAUUAAACCUAGAAUUAAACCAGCACCAGCUGACGGUGGAGCUCGCUGAAGCAAAGCUGAACUAUGGCCUUGGGGAGACAGAUGCUUUAUUACGAAUACUCCAGAGUGGAGCAGCAGAUGACCAGAAUGUUUGCAUAAGGCAGCAACUUUAUGAGAGUCACAUGAAAACCAUUGAAAUCUUGAGGAAGCAAAGAGAUGAGAAAAUACAGAAGUUCAGAAGAACACGUAGCCUGAACCCACAGAAACAUCUGACUGUGCAUUACCAAAAACAUCCAACUGCAUUGCAUCAUAAGCAAGAUCUGCCAAGUAAACGCAGGACGUAUCUCCAGCGACUACGCAAGGACAUUGUGGAAAAUACAUGGACUCGUGGAAUUGUGAAGGCUCCACAGGAAGCCCCUUCUGAGAUAGAGAUUCUGCUUAGAGAUUAUCAGAAGGUCCGUGAGGAAACAAAAGCAGAAAUUGCAAAGGCUCGAGAUAAGUUACGUGCAAGAGCUGAAAAGGAGAAAUGCCGCUUACAGCAAGAAAUGAUUUUGCAGUUAUUGAAGGAGGAAGAGAGAUUGAGAAAGGUGGCAAGUAGGAGCAGUUUGCAUACUGGCUCAAAUCUGAGCCUGUCAUCCAAUCCCACAUCAGGCUACAGCAGCAGCAAUACGGCUUCCCCUGACAUCGAUUCUCAAACCAAGAGUAAGAGCAGCACUGAUCCUGUAAUGAGCAGCAGAGGACAAACAGCUUGUUGCAAUUCACAGAGUAAAAUCACUGAAGUCAGUCAAGAUUUUGAUGCAGCUUCUUGUCCACUUGCACACUCGAUUUCAGGGAGAAUAAUGAAAGGCAGCUGUCAUCCAAGUUCCACCUGUCUAAAAAAGUUUCAAGAUUUGGCAACUCUCGCUGUUGCUUCUGUAACAGCAGAGAUCAUGAUGGCAUCUGUUAACCAUCCUGGAAACCUCCUUACUGGUAAAGCAGCAGCUGGUUGGAGGUACCACAGCACAGAAAAAGGUGUCCUGAUGUUCUAUAAGCCAUAUGCUUCCUCCACAAAACAUGGCUUUAUGGGAAUUGGUGUGAUUGACAAGCCACUGCACAGCGUGUGGCGUGUAGUGAAAGAUAACAGCAAGAGACAGCUCUAUGACAAGACUUUAAAAACUGUGAAAAUACACCAGCAGCUGGGCCACGGCAUUGAGCUUGUUUACCUUGUGAUGGAUACCUCUACCACUGGUCUCAAUCAACCCAGGGAUUUCUGCUGCAUCAGUGUGGAGGCUGAAAGGAACCAGCAGUGUGUUCUGGCACUGAACUCCAUCUACGAGGAAUCAAUGCCUCGACCGGUGAAGAAUAUGGUUAGAGGUGAAAUGCUGCCUAGUGGUUGGAUCUUGCAGCAUGACAACUAUAAUGGGAAAGAGAUUACAAGACUUAUUUACUUGACUCAGGUUGAUCUUGGUGCUCCUGCUCUUCACCCCAGAUUACUGGGGUCACUAGCCAGGCAGCAGCCCCUGUGUGUUGCCAACUUAGUCAGCUUGCUAUCCUGAUGACUUCGUUCUGAAGUUCAGAGAAAGUUGGAGGGGAGUGAAUGUACAGCAUCUGGUUUUGAACUCCAAACACCCUUUGCAUUCAAGAAUAUGAUUACCUCCCUAGCUGAGGUCAUACACAUAGGUAACAUGUUCAAACUUGGGAUAUUUGUGCAUUACCGUAAACCUCUCAAAGCAAUAAUUUUCCAAUGGACAAGACAAGCUAUUUCUCAGCUGGCCAUCUAAAAGCUAUUUGACAUAUUUUAACUAAAAUGUACAGUAAAAACUUUUAUUUUUGUAUGCAAAAAUCAAAGGUCCAAAUUGAACUUUAUUUAUAAACUGAUUGAAGCCUUUAAUAUGAAGCAUUUUAUACUGUUAUUUCUAUGGAUAAUUAGUUUAUAUGGAACUUUAAGCAUUAAAUAUUUUGUGGAUGUUAUUUUGUUUAGGUUUAUUUUAUAUAUAUUUUCUUCAACUGAAGCAUAAGAGUGAACCACUGUACAUUAUAUAGAACAAUACAGCAUAAGAACAGACCUGUUGAUGCAUGAUGCUGUCCCUCUAGUUUGUUUUUAGCCU